AUGAGCGAUUCCCCAGGCGUGGAGUGGCUCCCUGCGUUUAGCCCUGGCCCGCCACGCCACAGUCCGCUAGGCCCCAUCCCGCGGUUUUUAUACGAAGAUGUGCAGCCUCUGGGUUUGCAGCAAGAGAACAAUAACAAAGAGGCCGACCAGAAAGAGAAUACGAAUAAAAUCAAACACGCGAAGCCCGCGUACAGUUAUGCCAGUAUGAUAAGGCUGGCAAUCAGCAGUUCCCCAAAUGGCAAGAUGACACUGAACGAGAUCUACACAUACAUAUGCAAUGCCUUCCCCUAUUACAAAGAAGCUGGCAAAGGUUGGAUGAAUUCAAUACGGCAUAACUUAUCCCUGAAUAAAUGCUUCAUGAAAGUGGCUCGCAGUAAAGAUGACCCAGGCAAGGGCUCCUAUUGGGCGAUGGACACCAGCUACAAAAUGGCGGAGGUCGCGCCUAGAAGACGUAGGAGUCUUAGGAUGGCCCCGUACAGCCCGGAGUGCAGCUCCAACAGUAGCGGCGAGGCGGGCGGCGCGGGCGCGGCCGGGCCCGACGCCGCGCCCACCCCGCCCGCCACCCCCACCACGCCCACCUCGCCCACCGUGCCCGGCGCCGUCAAGGAAGAACCUGUCGUCAAAGAAGAAUCAGAUUCGAAGCACACAGAUGACGCGCUGUCUGCACUGAUGAACGAGGAGCUGAUGACUGACGUCGACAUAAGCAGCGAGCGGUCGUGGUGUGACGGGGGGCGGCGCCAUGUAUGCGGAGCGUUGCGUCACAGUUCGCUGACUGAUGACUACGGGAACUUUGUCGUCACGCGGUACGACUGCGACUGUCCCGCAGACCCCGAGCCCACUACUGCGGGGGCUGGGACUGGGGCCGGGGUGGUGGGGCCCGAGAUAGCUGCGCCGCUGACCCCGCUGACCCCGCUGACCCCGUUGACCCCGGCGUACGUGCCGCUGCCGUACUGGAACUCGGAGAGUUUAUAACAUAAGUCCCCGCGCGCGCCCCGCCCCUGACUCCGGUCCUGUCCUCCGUUCGAUUGCUGCGUGUCUUCAUAUCAUGUAUCUGUAUCAAUGUUUGUUUCGUGUCAAUUGUUCCCCGCGCUCUGUCACUCCUAUAGCGUCCGUCUUGACGUCGCGAUCGAGUAUACUUAACUAAACUUGUCUAGUGUAAGCUAAUGUAAAUGUAAGCGAGGUUAGAUGUAACGGAUUGCGCAAGAGUUUUGAUCAAGUUUAAAUGAUAUAUGUUAAACACUAAUAUCUUAAUUAAUAUAGGAAAUAUUAUUAUCUUUAUAUUGAAUUGUUUGUUACGUGAACUUGGUCAAAAUGCUUUGCUUGUUUGGAUCGAAAGUUAGCUUGAUGAUAAAUAACUAGAUAAUAGUACAUGUGUUCGAGUGAAGCUUGCCAUUUUUGACACGUUUUGAAGUUUAUAUACUUGACUGUGGUGAUGACUGGACUUGCAGAUGGUUUGAAAAAAAAAUGGAAGAAUUGGUAAUAAAAAGAUGUGUAUUAGAGUAAAACUAAUCACGCCAAACAAUUUUACACUUUUUGAUGUAGUUUAUGUAAUAAAACAAGCUGUAUUAGCCAAAUACAUUGGAAGACUAGAGGUCUUGUAGUUGGCAACAUUAUUGGAAAUAUAAAAUAAUUUGCAUUACAGUGCAAAUAGUUUUCUUACAAGGAAACUAUACAGCCUCCGUCGUUGCCACGUCGAUAGAAGAUAUACAGAAACUAAACACAUAGAUGUGGUACUUAAAGGUUUUAUACAAGAAAGUGAUUACAGAGAACAUUACAGAUCAGCAACAUAUCUGUCGGGUUAUAUAUAGAGUAGUGAAGUUACCUUAGUCGAGGGACUUGUUGUAUUGUUAUAUAAGCGUUGUCUAGCGUUACGUGGCGGACACAUGUCCUCUAGCACAGCAGGGAAAUUGAAUAUGCUAUCUUCUAACCACGUACACUACCUAACGAGCAGUUGAGUCAUUCAAAAUCACCCAUGAUAUAUGUCUAUAUAUCUGUCUAGAUUACAUACAAAUAUUGUACCUAGCCUAGUAGACUACACGGACACGCUAGCUUUAUCUAUAAAAAAUAUACAACUGCAUAAUCUUUGCAAUACUAAACCCCGUCCUGACACAUCCAAGUUUGUACACAUUCAGUACAGGCACCCAUAGAAGCCAGAUACAAUGUUUAUAAUAUAUAAAGAACACAAGCAGAACCUGCUUCUGACCUUCUUUGCGACACGAAAUAAGGUAAUAUACACGACCAUAGAGUCUACAUCCCUGAAGGUAGCAUAUUUAAUGUAAACGGAUGAAGUAAUAGAUAUAUGACAGUAUUGGAGCCAGAGUGGUGACGAACAGAUCUCAGAAUGACCAGUAUAAUAUAUUAUUAUGAUUAAAAAAUAUAUAAUAUUAUAGUGUGCUAAUAUUUUAUAAUUUUAACUGUGCAUAAUGUUAGUUACAUUUAGUUAUAACAUAUAAAAUAAAUAUGAGUUAGUCUGUACGAAUUUAUAAUUUAAACAUAUAAAGUAUGUAACUAUUAAUCUAUGUAAUAUGAAGUCACACUUAUAUACGUAAAUAUUGCUUUUUUAGGAAAUCGUAUAUCGGCCUAUGGAUAUAUUAUACUUAUAUGUUAUAGCGCAUGCGCGGGCGCGCCCUGCGGUACCACUGUUUCGCGGAAUAAUUUUACUUGUGGUAUUAUUGAAGUAUUACCAGUUGUAAUAUGUAUCUUAAGGAUUUGAAAUUAAAGUACAGUAUAAAAUUAUUAUUAUAUUCAGUAAGGGGCGUUACUUAAUAGUUACGCACGUUGGAUAUAGUAGUACCGCGGGGCGUGGCCUUGUGUGCGCGUGUUAGGUUCUGCUUGCCUAAGUAACGAUUAUUUCUAGUUUAUUUUUAUAAGGUGCAAAUACGUAUUUUUGUGCCAUAGUAGCGUGGGUCGAAGUAUGGCAUUGAACACUUAGAAUUAUAUAUAAAAAAAGAAAAAUAAAACUGUCCCAUAUCUUAUUAAAAAUGUGUUCAAAAAAAGUUUUUUAGAAGUUGUACCUACAUACACGAGUAACAUUAGUAUGUGUAUAUAGUAGUAAUUAUUUUAAUAUUAACUGAGAACACUUGGGAUGUUAUGUAUUGUAACAUUUUUACCCGUUUAUAUUGAUAGUGCGAGCCACGAAUUUUUAUAUGUAAGCUCACAUAUUGGUAGGUUUAAGUCAAUCGUUCAUUUAUAUUGAAGCUUUGAUGGGCGCGAGUGUGCCCGGUGUAAUAUGUGAGCAUUAUGUAUCGAGUCGCGGGCGGACUGCACUCCUGGUGCACCGUACAUCAUUAUAUAUGUACUAUGUACUACAGAGUACCGCUACGUACACACCCGUAUUUAGGGCUCGAAUACAAAACUGCGAUGCGACAUCGCAUCGCAAAAAUAUGCAAGCUCCCUCUACGCAUCACAAGAACUUGCGAAUUCGCAUCGCAUCGCAUCGCAGUUUUGUGUACGAGCCCUUACUGGUUGAAGCCUAAGUUUGCUUCAAGUCAAAUAUACAAGUCGAUUGGUUUUCCUACAGCGAUGCAUGAGUGUGGUCCAGCCGAGUAUGAUUAAUUGCCCUUGUGGUUGAUUGUGGUUAUAUACCUAUGUAAUAAAUGUUCAGAUUCCUUUACAAAAAUAUUGAGUAACAUUGGUUGAACAUUCCUUUGCCGUCGACAAGUAUAAUUAUUAUUAAAAGAUGUUGUAAUUAUAUUUAUUGUCCAGAAUAUGUUAAAUCUUUUGUGCGCCAAGUAAACUUUAUUAGGUUAUUGCAAUACUUUUUCAGAAGGCAAGAAGAGACAACAGAUGAAAAUUAGUUGAUUAAAAACGUCUUUUUCUCUGUCUUCUAUAAAAAUAUAGCAAUCAUCUAAUUUUAUUUAGUGAACAAGAUUAUUUGAUGUAUAGGUACAGAUUAUGUACAUGUACUGGUUUCGCUACUUUCGUAUUUAUUUAGAUUUACGAUGAUUUUAAUUAUUUAAGUACCUACAUAUUUGUUUACUUUAUACGUUUUUACCAAGCGGUAGCGAGACCAACAGUUAUUGAUCAAUAACUGACAAUAAAAUCGUAUUUAUAUGCUAUUUUUAAUUUUAAAGCAUUGUACUAUAAGUUUAUAGUAUUCCUAAACUGUUGGGAAUUAUGAUUAUAAAAAUAUAGGUCUACACUGGGACACGGGUGAUAUACAAGAACACUAUCAAAUACAUAAAGGUUAUGUUUUAAGAAAAAACUGUAUAAAUGCAAAUUACUUAUGUAACGUAACUCCUUGUUAUUGACAUACACCCGUAUCCCGGAGUAGCCAACAUGGUAGGUUAGAAAGUGUCCUGUCAUUAUUUCGUUGUAAGAAUUAAGUUGAUAGAAUAUUAUAUUGUUAAUCCGCAGUACAGAUAACAAAUAGUUAGUUUUAUACUUUGACCUAGGACAACAAACGUCGGUUCUCUAGGGGCCUUAUACAUAAACAGUUUUAUACAAUCUGCCGGACACUUUCACUCAAUUAAGGUACAGAAUUUUUAAAGUUUUAUUUUUUUACGCAUAAUUUGAUACAUACAUAAUAAUCAUACAUACAGAGGUGCAUAGAUUUAUUUGCCAUUAGUUGCCAUUUUAUAUUGUUUGAUAGUAUUUAUUGUUUUCUGUGAUAAAAAAAAGAAAAACCUUUUAUUUUUCGAAGAUGACAAAAUGACGUACUUUGUAUUAUUUUUUAUUAAUUAUAGAUCCUUCAAAUGUGUCGUUGCAAAUAAUAUAUAUGUAUAAAUAAAGGUUAAUAUACAGAUAGUUGAUUUGCAAGUUGUAUGUACGUAAGUGUAAGAUAGACGAUACAUUUGAAGUAACUAUUGUAUUAAUGGUACUUUUGUAACGACUAACAACAUUAAUUUUAUAAUAACUCAGAGCGGGUGCAAGUCGAGGGGACUGUACUAUCGUAAGGACUGAUUGAGGCAUUGUCACGAGUACUACACGUAACGUACGAGCAGCUUCGUUUGGAGAUAACAUUACUUCCACACUACAUAGAGAAACAAAAGAUUGUAAUUAAAAUGGUUAGAUGUGUUUUUUCAUGUAUGUUCGACGGCCGUGGCAGUGUCUGACUGCACCGCUCACAGUAUUUUACUUUAUUUCGGUUACUCACUCCGCCUAUAAAUGAUAUUAACGCGGCGAUAUGAAAAUUAACUAUUUUAUUGUAAUCACGUUAGCCGUUAAUUUAAGAGUAGGAUGUUCUACCUCUAAACAAAUCAUAGUUGAUGUACAAUAUUAUAAACUUUUAACAGAAUUAUGAUGUUUUAUUUGUU